AUGGCGAGGACAAUGUCCAGUUCCUGCGGACGAGGGGGACAUGGGCACCCCACUAUCACCCGGCAGGGGGGACAGGAGGACCCCCUGGCACGGACCCACAGUGGUCGGUGGUGGGGUGUCCCCCCCCCCCCCCCCCCCCCGAACGUGCCCCCUGACCUGGCCAUCUGCUGCUUCGUGCUGGAGCAGUCGCUCUUGGUGCGGGCAAUGCAGGAGAUGUUGGCCAACAGCUCCGAGACAGGGGCGAGGUGGUCAUCACAGGGCGGGGGGCACCGGACGCUGCUCUAUGAUCAUGCCAUCCUCCUGCGGCAUUCCCACAGCGGCAUGUACCUGAGCUGCCUCACCACCUCCUGCUCCGUCACUGACAAACUGGCCUUUGAUGUGGGGCUACAGAAGGACAUGGCCAGCGAGGCGUGCUGGUGGACCAUGCACCCCGCAUCCAAGCAGCGCUCAGAGGGCGAGAAGGUUCAGGUGGGCAACAACCUCAUCCUCGUCAGCAUCUCCUCCGAGCGCUACUGCAUGUGUCCCCAGCACCUCUCAAUGGCGAGCGGGGAGCUGCAGGCAGACACCUCCUUCAUGCAAACCCUCUGCAACAUGAACCCCAUCUGCUCUGGCUCGGAGGAAGGCUACGCGAUGGGUGGCCACAUCAUGCGUCUCUUCCACAGCCACAUGGAUGAGUGUCUGACCACCUCUGCACUGGAGCAGGGUGAGAAGCGCAGCAGCAUGGUGAACUACGAGGGAGGAGCCGUUUGCACCCAUGCUUGGUCCCUUUGGCACCUGGAGCCCCUGCACAUCAGCUGGAGCGGGAGCCACCUGAAGUGGGGCCAGCCCUUCCGCCUGCAACACAUCACCACAGGACGUUACCUGGCGCUGACAGAGGAAGGCCUGGCCGUGGUGGAGGCAGCUGCCGCCAACAUCUGUGCCUCCACCUUCUGCUUCCGCAUCUCCAAGGAGAAGCUGGAGGUGGUGGCCAAGCGGGAUGUGGAGGGGAUGGGGACCCACAAGAUCAAGUACGGGGAGUCCCUCUGCUUCGUGCAGCACGUGGCCAGCGGGCUCUGGCUCACCUACGCCGCUGCUGACACCAAGGCCAUGCACCUUGGGCUGCUCAAGAGGAAGGCCAUACUGCACCAGGAGGGACACAUGGAUGAUGUGUUGUCCCUCACCUGCUCCCAGUGUCAGGAAUCGCAGGCUCGCAGGCAGCAUGGAUUUCAUUACACCCCCCCACCCAUGCUGCCCAUCGCCGCCAUCAUCCUGAGCCUGCAGGACCUGAUCGGAUAUUUCCAGCACACACCCCCCCCGGCCAAGCUGCAGCACGAGCAGCGGCAAAGCCGGCUGCGGGCCCUGCGGGGCCGCCAGAACCUCUUCCAGCAGGAGGGCAUGAUCACGCUGGUGCUGAACUGCAUCCACCGCCUGAACGUGUACAGCACGGCUGCCCACUUUGCCGAGUUUGCUGGCAAGGAGGCAGCUGCCUCCUGGAAGAAGAUCGUCAUGCUCUAUGAGCUGCUGGCCUUGCUUAUCCAGGGGAACCACACCAACUGCGCCCUCUUCUCCACCAACCUGGACUGACUGGUCAGCGAGCUGGACUGGCUGGAGGCCUCCUUGGGUAUCCUGGAGGUGCUGUACUGCGUCCUCAUCGAGAGCCCCGAGGUCCUCAACAUCAUCCAGGAGAACCACAUCAAGUCCAUCAUCUCCCUCCUGGACAAGCACAGCUGCAACCACAAAGUGCUGGACGUGCUCUGCUCCCUCUGCAUCUGCAACGCCAUGGCCGUCUGCUCCAACCAGAACCUCAUCACCAAGAACCUCCUGCCCUGGCGGGACCUGCUGCUCCAGACCGGGCUGGUCAACUACGUCACCAGCAUGCGCCCCAACAUCUUCCUGGGGACGCACGAGGGCUCGACACAGUACAGCAAGUGGUACUUCGAGGUGGCAGUGGAGUGGGUGCAGCCCUUCCUCAUGGCGCAGCCCACCCACCUCUGGGUGGGCUGGGCGGCAGCCAGGGGCUACAGCCCCUACCUGGGGGGGGGCGAGGGCUGGGGGGGCAACGGCGCCGGCGCCGACCUCCACCUCUGGACAGGUAUGGCCUGCCCAGACCCCCCUUGUGCACUGGCCUCGCCGCAGCGGUGGGUGCUGGGUGCCAGGGACAUGGUGAGCUGCUGCCUGGACCUGGGGGUGCCCAGUGCCUCCUUCCGCGUCAAUGGCUGCCCCAUCCAGGGUGUCCUGGAGAGCUUCAACCUUGACACCCUUUUCUCCCCCGUCACCAGCUUCUCCGCCGGUGUCAAGCUGCAGUUCCUGCUGGGGGGCCGCCAUGGGGAGUUCCAGUUCUUGGCCCCCCCCGGGUACUCGCCCUGCGCCGAGGCCCUGCUGCCCCGCGAGUGCCUGUGCCUGGAGCCCAUCAAGGUGUAUCAGGGCAAGGGACCCCCCGGCACCCGCAGCCUCCUGGGGCCCACCCAGGCCCUGCCCCACACCGCCUUCACCCCCUGCCCUGUGGACACUCUCCAGGUGUGCUGCCCCCCCCACCUGGAGCACAUCUGGGAGAAGCUGGCGGAGAACAUCCACGAGCUGUGGGCCCUGACCCACAUCAAGCAGGGCUGGACCUAUGGCCCCAUCCAGGACAACAACUGGCAGCUGCACCCCUGUGUGCUGAGCUUCCACAGCCUGCCUGAGCCCGAGUGGAGCUACAACCUCCAGAUGUCAGGGGAGACCCUCAAGUGGGGGGGGGGGACCCUGCUGGCACCGGGCUGCCAUGUGGGCAUGGCUGACGAGAAAGCAGAGGAGAACCUCAAAAAGAUCAAACUCCCCAAAACAUGCGGUGCCCCCCCCAGGUAUGUGAUGUCCAACAGGUACAAGCCGGCGCCACUGGACCUGGCGCACAUGAAGCUGACACUGGUGCAGCUGACGCUGGUCGACCGCCUGGCUGAGAACGGGCACAACGUCUGGGCCCGCGACCAUGUCCAGCAGGGCUGGACCUACAGCACCCUCCAGGACAUCAAGAACAAGUGGAACCUGCAGCUGGUGCCCUACCACCUCCUGGACAAGUGCACCAAGACAACGAACCGGGACAGCCUGUGCCAGGCUGUGCAUACCCUGCUCGGCUAUGGUUACAACAUUGAGCCCCCCGACCAGGAGAGCUCCGCCCAGGGGGUGCCAUGGGGCCGGGUGGGCAAGUCACGCAUCUUCCGGGUGGAACGGGGCUACGCGGUGUGGGCCAGCAAGUGGUACUUCAAGUUCGAGGCCAUCACCACUGGGGAGAUGCGGGUGGGCUGGGCCCGUCCCCACCUGCACCCUGACACCGAGCUGGGUGCCGAUGACCUCACCUACGUCUUCAAUGGGCCCCGGGCACAGCGCUGGCACAUGGGCAGCGAACCCUUCAGCUGGACCUGGCAGGCAGGGGACGUGGUGGGCUGCAUGAUCGACCUGACCGAGAGCCACAUCACCUUCACCCUCAACGGCGAGGUCCUCAUCAGCGACGCUGUCUCCGAGCUGGCCUUCAAGGACUUCGACAUGGGCAAGGGUGACUUCGUGCCAGUGUGCAGCCUGGGGCUGGAGCAGGAGGGGCGGCUGAACCUGGGGCAGGAGGUGGGCAGCCUGCGGUUCUUCAGCAUCUGCGGGCUGCAGGAGGGCUAUGAGCCCUUCACCAUCAACAUGAAGAGACCCAUCACCCUCUGGUUCAGCAAGAGCCUCCUCCAGUUCAUCCCAGUGCCCCCUGACCACCCUCAACUGGAGGUGACUCAGAUGGACGGGAUGGUGGAGACACUGCCAUGCCUGUGGCUGGCCCACCGAGCCAGCUCCCUGGCUGCGCCACCCGAGCUCCUCUUCCUCCACCUCCCCGUCCAGUUCCACCCUUGCUUCUGCUGCACCCCCGGGGCCACCCCCUUGCCCCAGGCCCCCCCGAGCCACCCAGGAUGUCAUCCCCUCUCCGAAUUUGAGCACCUCUGUCGCUCAGCCGGGCCCUGGCACCCCGAAGGAGGGCGAGAAGGGGCCUGGGGGGGGGGGGGUCCGGCCACCCUGGCCUCCUGGGACCAGCCCCAUGUCAAGAACGAGAAGGAUGCAACCACUGAGAAGGGCGAGACCCGGAGGGGGUUCCUGUUCAAGGCCAGGAAGAUGCCCUAUGCCCCCCCUGCGGUGCCCACUGUCCCCUGCCUUGAGGAGGAUGUGGUCCCCGACAAGCGCAAUGACCCUGAGGUCAUCAUGAGCACCACCACGUACUACUACUCGGUGCGGAUCUUCAUGGGGCAGGAGCCCUCCAGUGUCUGGGUGGGCUGGGUGACCCACUUCCACCAGCAUGACCCCACCUUCGACCUCUCCUGCGUCCACACCAUCACCGUCACCAUGGGCGAUGACAAGGGCAGUGUGCGCAACAGCAUCAAGCGGAGCAACUGCUACAUGGUGUGGGGGGAGUUCGCCAGCACCAUGCAGCAGGCACGGGUCAGCCACACCGACCUGGUCAUUGGCUGCCUGGUAGACCUGGCCACCGGCCUCAUGACCUUCGCCAACGGCAAGGAGAUCAACACCUUCUUCCAGGUGGAACCCAACACCAAGCUCUUCCUGGCCGUCUUUGCCCUCCCCACCAGCCAGAACAUCAUCCAGUUUGAGUUGGGCAAGCUCAAGAACAUCAUGCCCAUCUCGGCUGCCAUGUUCAGCAGUGAGUGGAAGAACCCAGAGCCACAGUGCCCACCGCGCUUGGCCAUCCAGCUCCUGACGCCCGUCACCUGGAGCUGUAUGCCCAAUGAGUUCCUGGGCAUGGAGACCACCCGCCUGAGCGAGCGACAGGGCUGGGUGGUGGAGUGCACCGAGCCCCUUGUCAUGAUGGCCCUCCACAUCCCCGAGGAGAACAGGUGCAUCAACAUCAUGGAGCUGUUGGAGCAGCUGGACCUGCUGCGGUUCCAGUGGCACACGCUGAAGCUGUACUGCGCCAUCUGCACCCUAGGGAACAACCGGGUGGCCCACGCGCUCUGCAGCCACGUGGACCAGGCGCAGCUCCUCUUCACCAUCGAGAGCCCUGAGCUGCCGGGACUGUUGCGUGCUGGCUACUACGACCUGCUGCUGGCCAUGCACCUCGAUGCCGCCCAGCACACUCGCGCCUCCAUGAGCACUGAAUUCAUCAUCCCCAUGACUGAAGCCACCAAAAGCAUCACCCUCUUCCCCGAUGGUGGGCGAGCGCCCAGACCCCCUGGCGUGGGUCCCAGCACCUGUUUGCGACCCCAGCCCUAUUUUGCUGAACCUUGUUUUGUCUUGGUGGCUGGCAGCGGGCAGGUGCCACUCAGUCCCAGCAUUCCCUUGGGGGCUCGGGCCAUCAGGAUGCUGGUGGAGGCGGUGGCCGGGGGGGGACCCUACGCCCGGGACCUGGUGGGCGGCAGCAUGGAAUUCCAGCUGGUGCUGGUGUCGGCACUGCUGGCUGUGGGCGCGCUGGGGGACAGGGACGUGCGCCGUGUCCUCCGGAUGAUCGAGCCCAGGGUCUUUGGGGAGCCCCGGCAGGAGCCCCCAGCUGAUGGCGAGGAGGAGGAGGUGUGGAGGAAGGCCAUUGAGGUGGAGGAGGAGGAAGAGGAAGGGCUGGAGGAAGGGCUGCUGCAGAUGAAGCUGCCUGAGUUGGUCAAGCUGCAGAUGUGCAACCUGCUGCAGUACUUCUGUGAGUGGGAGCUGCAGCACCGUGUCAAGGCCAUCAUUGCCUUAGAGCAGCAUGUGGAGCGGCUGCAGCGCGACCAGCGCCGCUGCUACAGGCAGCUGAUGCGGGCACUCACCAUGUCGGCCGCCGAGACCGCCCAGCGCACCCGCAAGUUCUGCUCGCCACCCCAAGAGCAGAUCAACAUGCUGCUGCAGUACAAGGGAGGGGCAGAUGAGGAGGAGUGCCAGGACAUCUGUGAUGAGCUCCUCGACUUCCACAACCUGCUGGCAUGCUGUGGCAUCGAGCUGGCGGGUGAGGAGGAGGAGGAGAUGUCCAUGUGGCAGCGGCUGCUGGGGCUGGUGCAGAAGGUGGCGGGGCUCUGGGGGACGGCGGCAGAGAAGGAAGCACCCCCCGAGGAGCCACCAGUGCCCAGCACGCUGCAGGAGCUGAUCUCGCAGAUGAUGGUGCACUGGGCGCAGGAGUCCUUCAUCCAGAGCCCCGAACCGGUGCGCGCCAUGUUCAGCCUCCUGCACUGGCAGUACGACAGCCUGGGGGAGCUGGUGCGCGCCCUCUCCAAGGCUUACACCAUCAGCACCCUCUCAGUCCCCGACACCACCCUCCUCAUCGUCCAGAUGGGCCCCGAGGAGGAGAACCUCAUGAUCCAGAGCAUCGGGAGCAUCAUGAACAACAAGGUCUUCUACCAGCACCCCAACCUGAUGCAGGCACUGGGGAUGCAUGAGACUGUCAUGCAGGUGAUGGUCAGCAUGCUGGGUGGUGGCGAGUCCAAGGAGAUUCGCUUCCCCAAGAUGGUGACCAACUGCUGCCGCUUCCUCUGCUACUUCUGCCGCAUCAGCCGGCAGAACCAGCGCUCCAUGUUCGACCACCUCAGCUACCUGCUGGAGAACAGCAGCAUUGACUUGGGCAUGCAGGGCUUGACACCCCUGGAUGUGGCAGCUGCCUCUGUUGUCGACAGCAACGAGCUGGCACUGGCCCUGAAGGAGCAGGACCUGGAGAAGGUGGUGAUGUACCUGGCGAGCUGCGGGCUGCAGAGCUGCCCCAUGCUGCUCUCCAAGGGGUACCCUGACAUCGGCUGGAACCCCUGCGGGGGCGAGCACUACCUCGACUUCCUCCACUUCGCCAUCUUUGUCAACGGGGAGAGUGUGGAGGAGAAUGCCAACAUGGUGAUGCAGCUGCUGAUCUGGCAACCUGAGUGCUUCGGGCCGGCGCUGCGGGGCAAGGGGGGCAGCAGGCUGCUGGCUACCAUCCAGGACGCCCUCCACAUCGCCCAGGACCCUGCCCGCGAUGGGCCCACCGGCAGGAGGGAGCGGCAGCGGGAGCCGUGCCCACCCGAGGAGAACCGGGUGCACUUGGGCAACGCCAUCGUGUCCUUCUAUGCUGUCCUCAUCGACCUGCUGGGUCGCUGUGCCCCCGAGAUGCAUCUGAUCCAAGCAGGCAAGGAGGAGGCUCUACAGAUCCAAGCCAUCCUCUGCUCCCUCGUACCCCUUGAGGACCUGGUGGGCAUCAUCAGCCUCCCCCUGCAGAUCCCUGCCCUCGGCAAAGAUGGAAAUUUGGUGGAGCCGCAGAUGGUGGCCAGCUUUGUGCCGGAGCCCACGGUGCUCUUCCUCGACCGUGUCUAUGGCAUCGAGAGCCAGGAGUUCCUGCUGCACAUGCUGGAGGUGGGCUUCCUGCCUGACAUGCGGGCAGCUGCUUCCCUCGACACGGCCACCUCCAGCAUGACGGGGAUGGUGCUGGCGCUGAACCAGUACCUGUGCCUGGCGGUGCUGCCGCUCAUCACCAAGUGCGCCCCGCUCUUUGCCGGCACCAAGCACUGCACCAUCAUGGUGGACUCCAUGCUACACACCAUCUACUGCCUCUCCUGCGGCCGCUCCCUCACCCUCACCAAGGCCCAGCACAAUAUGGAGUCAUCCCCUUGUCCCCCACCAUCACCCCCGAGAAGGAGGUCGUCCCCGGGGGGGGGCUUCUACAUCGAUCCGGGUCACUGCAGGAAGGUUCUCGACCUGGUCUCCAACCAGGAGCCGCCCCAGCAGAUCCACCGGGGCAAGGAGUGGGACAACUUCCUCAACCACCGGCACCUCGCGGUGGUCCUCUCCCACCCCUUCAGCCUGACGUCCCCCCUGCAGAGGCAGGACCCAGUUAACCGCACCUUGGUGAUCUAUAGGGUGAGGAUCCAGGACACAGCGCUGCGCUCCCAUGGCGGGAUGAAGCUGAUGAAGACCUCCAUGGUGCUAAAGUUGGCUUUUGACGCUGCCAGCACCGUCAGGCACGCCGCUGAGCAGAAUGAACUCCACUUCGGCUGCCAGCGGCUGGAUGCCGAGAUGCCGUGUCUCCUCGUCAAGGACAGUGGGACAUGGGACCAUGGUCACAAGGGAAACCACAACGGUGAGAGCCGAGCAGUCGAGAUGGGAGGGAUGGUGAUGUUCCCCCCCCCCCGCCCCAACACAUGCCGGACCCCAACGGGGACCAUCCCCCCCACCCAGAAGGUCAUCGGUGGUGGCCCCAACUCGGAGGAGAACAUCAAGGGCUACAGAGCUGAGGAUGUCCAGAGGUACGACGUGGACAACAGCAGGUAA